GGAGACCCGCAACAAAUCUUUGCCAAGCUUUCCCGUAUAGAGGCACGAGAGUCGUGCGAACGGCGCUGAAGUGUAGGAAAAUUCAAUAGUCCCAACUCCAAAUACUGGAAUUCGAAGAGAGCGAGCUUAUCAGUAACUGGUUCAGGAAGCGCCUGAAGGAUACCGAUGGCCGUGUUAAAGCAAUCAAUGGUUUUCAGGCAAGAGGCUUUAUUGACCUCUAUUCAACAAACACUAAUAAUACAGGCCAUACAUGUGUGGUGUCGCAGCUAUCCAGAUUUUCCAAUGGCCAAUGUCCAGUCUAAAGGCCUUCACGAUGUGGUCAGAGCAGGCAGCAGUCCCUCUCCAAGAUCCAAACCACCGAUAGGCUGCCAAUGACAAGGCUAUACAACCAGAAGGCGCUGUCCUUGUGGACUUAGCUGUAUAUGGGCAUGGCAUUAAAAGGUUUCUCCUCAAGUACGGAGCAAUUGACUUUGUUUCGAUGGGCGAUGAAGAUCCUGUAAUUCUCGCACAAGCCGGUAAAAAAAUAAGUGACAAGCGAAUUGCUGCCUACAAGGAUAUGUCGGAGAGAUAUUCUCGUUAUCUUCGUGAUGAACGCAGUCCGCCUAGCCCUUUGGCCAAUUCGAGACCCCCGACUUGGCCCUGUGAGCUUGACUGGUUCAUGUGACUGAAAAUUGAAUUUAGGAACUGCAGCUCAGGAACUCGCCCCCCACUCUUCCCCAGCAUGCUUCAAGCUUUUAUUGAGCAUAAUUUAGGGUUAUGUCGGC